AUGGAGCGAUUUAUUGACAUUGUCCGUAUUCAAGAUACUAGUGCUUCAUCUUUAAAGGAGGCAAUUUUUAAUUUACUUGCUCAACAUUCUUUGAGUCCAUCAAGUGUGCGUGGACAAUAUUAUGAUGGGGCAAGUAAUAUGCAAGGUGAGAUCAAUGGCCUUAAAGUGUUGAUUAGACGAGAAAGUAAAUCGGCUCAUUCCAUCCAUUGUUUUGCGCAUCAACUUCAACUAACUCAUGUUGGGGUCUCUAAAAAGUGUAUUGAAAUGGGAAAACUUGUAGUAUUGAUCUCAAAUAUUUUUAAUGUAUUGGGAUCUUCUUUUAAGCGUAUGGAUAUUUUACGAGAUUCUCAAAAAUCAACAAUUCAAGUGGCAUUAGAUAUGGGUGAACUUACAAACGGUAGGGGCAUGAAUCAACAACUUGAUCUUUCAAGAGCUUGUGAUACUCGCUGGGGAUCUCAUUAUAAAUCCUUUAAUAAUUUUAUUAUUAUGUUUGGCUCUAUUCUUGAGGUUCUUGAAUCACUUGCUCUUGAUACAAGGAGUAUGGAUGAAAGAGCCAAGGCAAUGGGACAUCUUGAAGCUUGUCAAACAUUUGAGAUUGCGUUUAUGUUGCAUUUGAUGAGAGAUGUCUUAGCAAUCACAAAUGAUCUUAAUAAAUGCUUACAAAAAAAAAAGAGCAAGAUAUUGCUAAUGACAUGCUACUUGUUGAAGUAG